AUGAAAGUUCUCCUUACCGGCGGCAGCGGCUUCAUUGGGAAGCACUGUCUUGCUUACCUACUCCAACAUGGUCAUACCGUCGUGACCACGGUACGCAGCAAUGCGAAGGGGAGAGAAUGCCUGGAAAGCUAUCCCGAGUUCUCCAACAACCUCUCGUACGCUAUCGUGGAGGACAUGGCGCGUUCGGGAGCCUUCGACAAGGCUGUUCAGUCAGAACCUCCAUUCGAAGCUGUAGUGCAUACGGCUAGCCCCUUUCAUUAUGAUGCAGCAGACCGAAAGCGGGACAUGAUUGAUCCUGCCAUCAUGGGAACCACGGAAAUACUUCGGUCUAUUAAGCGAUGCGCUCCCUCCGUCAAACGAGUCGUCAUUACCUCCUCCUUCGCUGCCGUCGUGAACUUUCAGGAAGCGAUACCUGUGUAUACUUCUGAGCAUUGGAACCCAAUCACAAUGGAACAGGCCUUGACGAACGGUCAGCUAGCAUACGUGGGGAGCAAGAAAUUUGCCGAGAAAGCUGCCUGGGACUUUGUCGAGAAUGAAAAUCCGGUCUUCACUCUUUCCACCAUCAAUCCCGUUAUGGUGUUUGGACCUGUGACUUAUCGUCUAGACUCUCUUGGGAAUGUCAACACCUCCAACGCCGUCUUUAGGGAUAUGAUACUGGGCAAUAUGAGAUCAGGCAUUACCCUCAGUUCGUUCCAGUGGGUAGAUGUGAGAGAUGUUGCGCUCGCUCACGUCCGCGCAAUCGAAGUCCCAGAAGCAGCUGGUCAACGGUUUCUUGCUGCCGCGGGGCCAUAUAGCAACUACGAAAUCGCUAAAAUAAUCAAGGAAAAUUUCCCAGAGCUGGCAGACAGACUUCCGGAGCACAUUCCUGUUCCUGAUGGGCCCAAGAGCUUCGUGAUUGACAACAUGCCUAUGAAGCAGAUUCUAGGAAUACCGUUCAGACCCUUGAAGGACAGCGUGGUGGAUACUGUGAAGACUUUACUGGAAGUGAAGGCCUAA